ACCUUAAGUGACGUAUAACAGGGUCAAUCGGAAGACAGGCACCCAGCCUAGUAGCACGUCUCUAGUAAACUCACUAGCUUGAAAUCUGUCACGGAUAUUGAGAGCGAAGAUGGUGAAGUCCAAAAGGUUUGUGUUCGCGCGCCAGUUUGACGGGCCGCCGAAGGAGUCAGACUUUGAACUGGUUGAAGAGGAGACGCCAGAACUGAAGGAUGGCGAAAUCCUGGUUGAGUCACUCUUCAAUAGCGUCGACCCGUACAUGCGGCCUUAUACAAGACGGCUGCCAACGGGUAUAACCAUGAUCGGGGAAGGAUGUGGUCGAGUGAUCGAAUCCAAAUAUUCAGACUUCCCCGUGGGUACAGUCGUUAUGGGCCGUUACGGCUGGUGCACUCACGCCGUGCUGAACGCCAAGGAGCAGGACCCCCAGAGUCCCAUCCGGAAGGCUCCGGCAGACUACCCGAAGGACCUGCCGCUGUCUCUGCUGUUAGGAGCCGUCGGGAUGCCUGGCAUGACUGCCUACUUUGGUUUGCUGAAGUUGUGUGAUCCCAAGGAGGGAGAGACGGUCUUCGUCAACGGCGCCGCGGGCGCUGUCGGGAGUCUUGUAGGACAGAUAGCUAAGAUCAAGGGCUGCAAGGCAGUCGGUGCAGCCGGGAGUGACGCCAAGGUGGCCUGGCUGAAGGAAAUUGGCUUUGACGCCGCCUUCAACUACAAAACUGUGUCUUCAUUGGACGCAGCUCUGAAGGAGGCAGCGCCCAAUGGGAUCGACUGUUACUUUGACAAUGUGGGAGCAGACUUCACCAGCACCGUGCUGAACCACAUGAACCUGUUUGGACGUGUGGCCAUCUGUGGCAGCAUCUCAACUUACAACGACAAGGACCCGGCCAAGGGUCCCUACCCAUUCGUGACGAUCCUGUCCAAGCAGUUAACCGUCACUGGGUUCAUCGUCCUGCGCUGGUUUCCGGAAUGGCCACAGGGAAUGGCUCAAAUGGUGCAGUGGAUCAAAGAGGGAAAGAUCAAGCACAGGGAACACGUGACCGAAGGUUUUGAUAACAUGCCCAAAGCUUUCAUCGGCAUGCUUGUGGGAGAGAACACCGGCAAGGCUGUCGUCAAGGUCUGAGGAGAACAACACAAGGACCAAAAAGCAGCAGAACAUACAGGAGAGACAUCCUAGCUAUGAUGUGAUGCAUACAGCUGCAAGGAAGACAUGAAAUCUCGAGAUUAAAAUUUGAUAUUAAGAAA